UAGGGAGUAUUUUAUCUGAGUUCCUGCUUCAAAAUCAAUCACAAGGAUAUAGCCUACUAGAGCCUAAUCAGUUUUCUAACGUAUACCCAAACUUUACUCUCAACUUCUUCAAGAUGUCUGAUUUCAGAGCUGCCACACCAGCCCACUAUCCUGACCCUGCAACUUCCAAGAAGAAAAGCAAGACUGCUCCCCGCUUAGCUAUUAAUGUCGUCGUCCCUCGACCCUUCCCAGUCAACCAUCUUCGCAGAAUCUCCUCCCACCUUCCCUUCCGUGAAGUUGCCCACCCUUCCGCCAACUUCUUCAUUCCAUGCUUCGGAAUGAUGUUCAACUUUCUGGCUGCCAUGAAUGACAAGGUCUGCUCUCUUCCAGACUUCUCCUGUAAUGGUUGUGUCAAUGAUUGGAUACCCCAAGCGUCCAAUAUCGUCUUCGCUUUCCUUGCUAUUGUCCAGUGCCUUCGAGCACAGGCAUUGACAAUGAUGAUAUCCCCUGAGCAGAUCUGUUUCUUGAACAGGUUUCUGGAUCAGUUCCCCCUUGGGAUGAUUGAGAUUCCGGGUCCUCUGGUUCCUUUCUUUCGCUCGCUCUCCAUCAGCUCCCCGGGCUUCGGGAAUUUUCGAGAUGUUGCCCCCGCUCUCCCCGUGAUCACGCUGGACGAAGAGCGGCUUUACAACAUGGAAUUCCAGCCACCCUGCAAGGAAGAAAUGUUCCAAGGUCUUACUUCUAUGGUGCCCAAUAUUGCUCUGAUGUAUGACCAAUUUGUCCACCUCCUGAAGUACCUUGACUCUGAUACUGCCCUGGUCCCCAGGAAAUAUGCUACUUAUGAGCCCCUCAGCAAAAUCUUUGGUGUCUCCCUUCCUCCUGAUGGUGAUGCAAAGCUCCCCUACUUCUCUAGACUCCUCAAGUCUGUUGGCUUUGCCCACCGUCCCAACGCUUCGGACGGAUUAAUGAGUCGCUUUUUCGAGUACAUUAGGAAUGCUUCUAUUGCCUUCCCUGCUCCACUGACCUAUGAUCCCGAGCAUGCUUCCCAUUUUUUUGCUUCAAAUUCAGUUCUCUUUUUUCUGGCUUCUCCUUUUUUUAUUUUCCCGUGCGAAAGUUUGCAAAGAAUGGUUAAUAUGUUAUAUUCUC